AUGAAGUCCCGGACCUGGCAAGCUGAACAGGACGAAGAAAAGCGGGACGGCCCAGGCGAUGGUGAUGACCCUCUAGACGAGGUAGAGGACCUGCCACGUGACAUACUUGCCGCCACCCAAGCUGGGCGAGGUGAUGGAGGCAAGGCCGUCGAUGAUGGAGCCGCCGAGAGGUGCGCCCCCCAACCAGAUGCAGGCGCGCAGGGGCUGUUUGCGGCGGGUCCAGUACUGGCCGACAAAGAUGUCGGUGUUGACGAAAGCGGCCUGCAUCCGUGGCGUCGCGGCGUGCCGUCAUGGAGCGCCAUUGACGAGGAAAAGAUUGUCCGUAAAGAGCUUACGCAGUUACACAUGGACACCCCAAUGUACGACAAGAUAUACGACCUGGGCGGGGUAGACAAGGUGGCCCUUGCAAGGGCCACAGGUAGAAGCAACUCUGGAGUGUGGAACAAAGACAACAGAGAGCCAUUGGAUGCGGUGACUCUGGAGCUUCUCGGUCGGUACGGACGGAUACUUGCCAACGCGAUCGUGCCGACCCACCACAGCAGUGCGGCUCUGAAUGCAUUAGACGAGAACGUUGAGGCCCUCGCCGGUCACACAAUGGAUGGUGGAACGCACGACCCAGCCGUGGCUGCAGCGCCAGCGAACGGUGGACGUGAACCGUGUCCAGAAGAAAUGAUGUUCUUGUAG